CCCCCUACUCUGUCACGCAGCCAAAGUAAUAAAAUGCUGACUUCUCAAAGUAACGUUAGUAUGCCUGUCUCAGCACAGCAGCCCUGAAGUUUGACACACAAGAGAGAGAGGGAGGUGGGGGGAGAAAAAAAUCUACUUGGUCUAACUGCAGCCUCUGCCCUACCAAAGGGCUUCAGUACUUCGCUUCUGUGAAGUGCCUACUUCUCCAGGGGUGUGCGGCAGUGUGUAAGAGUGAGUGUGUGUGUGCGUAUGUGAGCCGAAGCCAUGUCAGACCCGAGGGACAUCGACGAGGAUGCUAUCCUCAAGGGCCUCAGUGCACAGGAGCUGGAUCAGCUGGAGUAUGAGCUGCAAGAGAUGGACCCUGAGAAUGCUAUGCUGCCAGCUGGUUUCCGGCAGCGAGACCAGACGAAGAAGAGCCCGACAGGGCCAUUUGACCGGGAUGCUCUGAUGCAGCACCUGGAGAAGUCGGCCCUGGAGCAUGAGGACAGGGAUGACCUGGUGCCCUUCACUGGAGAAAAGAAAGGGAAGGCUUUUGUGCCUAAGAAAGCAAAAGAGAUCCCCCAGCAUGAGCAGGUGAUCCUGGAGCCGGAGCUGGAGGAGGCUCUGAAAAACGCCACCGAUGCAGAGAUGUGUGACAUUGCAGCUAUCCUUGGAAUGUACACGCUGAUGAGCAACAAACAGUACUACGAUGCUCUGGGCACCACGGGCACCAUCGCCAACACAGAGGGCAUUAACAGUGUUGUUAAACCAGAUCCAUUCAAGAUCUUCCCUGAAGAACCGCCAAACCCCACCAAUGUGGAGGAAACCCUGGAGAGAAUCCACAACAACGAUAGCAGCCUGACUGAGGUUAACCUCAACAACAUCAAGGACAUUCCCAUCCCAACACUAAAAGAGAUCUUUGAGGCAAUGAAGGGAAACUCUCACGUGGAGUUUCUUAGCAUUGCUGCGACCCGGAGCAACGAUCCUGUGGCCUACGCUUGUGCUGAGAUGCUACAGGAGAACACCAGCUUGCAGAGUCUUAAUAUUGAGUCCAACUUCAUCACUUCAGAUGGCAUGAUGGCCAUCAUGAAAGCCAUGGCUAAUAACGCCACUCUGGUGGAACUCAAGAUUGACAACCAGAGACAGAAGUUGGGAGACUCGGUUGAGAUGGAGAUUGCCUCCGUGUUGGAGAACAACUCCAGCAUCCUCAAGUUUGGCUAUCACUUCACCCAGCAGGGUCCCCGAGCUAGAGCUGCCAUGGCUAUCACACGAAACAACGACAUGAUUCGCCAACAAAGAUUAAGAUGAAAACGACACCCACGCUUAACAACAACCCUUUCAGCCCAUCAGUGUGCAAAGAUGGCAAAUGACAGCUCUGUGCCAGCUUCCUCUCUAUGUGCUGCCCCAGCGCUGAACAAAUCCUCCCAAAAUAAUCUGGGUCUUUUUACAUGGAGGAAACUCAAUCUAACAUCCAUGUUCAUCCAUUUCAUUUCAUUUACUGCAGCAAGCUUUAUGUAGACUCCUAAAUUUAUCAUAAAGGCAUGUAUAGGCAACAAGCAAA